AUGAAACCCCCUCCCUCCCCUCUUGACUCCGCCCGUGCCCCAGCUCUCCCCGCCGACCCGCACUCCUGCCUUCCCCUUCCGCCGGCCACCAUGCUAGCGGCUCCCCCCUUCGAGGUGUCCUCCGCCAAGGACCCCAUGCCCUUCCGCCUGGGCGCGCAACCGCCCUGGUCCUCCACGCUCCGCUCGCCCGCCUCCGGCGUGGGCACGGCCAUCCGCUCUCUCCGCAAGGCGCGCCGCACCGUGCUGCACGCCGCGCGCGCCAGGCGAUGGCACUUUGACGCGGAAAAGUGGCGUCUCAUGCUGUCGCACUGGCAGACCGACCUGCAGACGACGCAGCGUCAAGUCGGCGCGGAGGUGGACGAGUUCAUCCAGUCCCCGCACCUACUCUUCGCCCCCAUCCGCAUGGCCGUCACGCUGGCCGUCCCGCUGCUCAUCCCGCUCUGCUUCAUGCCCACGUUCCUACUCGCCAUGUUUGUCGUCUUCACCGUGCUGUGGUACACCAGCUGCCUCCUCCUGUUCGCCACGGAGGUGGCCAUGCGGCCGCCGUGGUACAAGCGCGGGCUGCCGUCGAAGGACCUGCCGCCGUACUGGAAGGGCUUUGUGCACGACCCGCUGGUCGACCUGGGCUUCGAGUUCGACGACGUGGAGUUCCCGUCCGGCAGCGGCGGGCUGCUCCGCGGGUGGGUCGUGCGCGCGCGUAAGCGAUCGGGCAAGUUUGCGCUGUUCGUGCACGGGGUCGGGCGCGACCGGCGCACGUUUCUGCGGCACGCGGGGGACUUUCUCGGCGCGGGCUACUCGUGCCUGCUGUUCGACCUGUCCGAGCACGGGCUGAGCGACGGGGCCAGCAAGGAGUUUGCGCGGGGGACGCUGUUUGGAGCGCGCGAGCAGUACGACGUGGUGGCGGCGGCCGAGUUUCUCAAGUUCAAGGAAGGGGCCGAGCGGAUUGUGUUUGUGGGGACGUCUUGCGGGGCGUCCAGCUCGAUCAUGGCGGCGGCCGCGCGGCCGGAUUUGGUGGAUUGCGUGGUGGGCGAGAACCCGUUUACGCGGGCGGACGAGCUGCUGCGGCACCACCUGGACUCGCUGUCGAAGAACUACCUGUCGCAGAACAGCCACCAAACGGUGCGGGGGGUGGUGUUCUGGCUGGCGGGGCGGCUGCUGAUGGUGCGGAUGGGGUACUACAUCCGGAGCUACGGGGCGAUCGACGUGGUGGGCAAGCUCGAGUGCCCGCUGCUGAUCGCGCAUUCCACGGAGGAUGACGUGGUGCCGUACGAGCACGGGGUGCGGAUCUACGAGGCGGCCAUGGGGGCCAAGGAGGGCAACAAGGACAUGGCGUUUUUUUUCAAGUGCAGCGAGGCCGCGCACUGCGCGCUGUACGACAAGGACCCGGAGAUGUGGACGGGGAUGGUGCUCCCGUUUGUGCAGCGGGCGUUGGAGCGGAGGGAGAAGGGGGAGAAGGGGGAGAAGGGGGAGAAGGGCGUAGCGGCAGGUACGGAAUGAUGACGGGAAUGAUGACGGGAAUGAUGACGGGGAAUGAUGGGAGGGGGUACAGUAGAUGAUUUUGAUGUACAGUACCGUGGGUACCUUCGGAACCCGCCUUCGGAAGGUAAUGUUACCCUUCGAAGGGUAGCGGCACGUUUUCCAAACACUGGCACAACCGUUGGCCCGCAGCCGCCUGUGUACAGUACCCAAGGGUACCCUUGGGUACUUUAGUCGUAAAAAUUUUCCCUCCCUA